AUGCCUCGGGUACCCAAACCGCCGGUAAAAGCUGCAUGCCUUGCGUGGUCAGUCCAAUAUCACACUCUUCUAAGUCUCAAGCACUCACACCAAGCUUUAGUCGUUCUUCAAAAACUCGAUGUGAUGGACAGUAUCCUUGCAGAAGUUGUUACGGCAAAGGCCGAGAAUGCAGCUAUCAGCCCAGUCGCCGAGGUGGAGCUCGGCGAGGUAAAAGCCAUCACAGCCAUCACAGCCAUCACAACAUCGAGAUUUAUCAAUCCAUGGCUUGAAAAUACAAUGGGACUGCUCACUCCUUUUGUCGGUAUAAACAAUCUGGAUCAGUCUCCAGACUCUUUAUCAGACACCGGAGAAGCUCUUCAAUUGUGGGGCCAGCUCACUCCAGGUGAUGAUGGCUCCUUUACCUCGGCGUCCGUUAAUGAUGUGGAUCUACCUGCCAUUCGAGCUUAUCAAUCUGAGGAAGACAUUCUCAAUGCCUACUACAUCUACAUGCACCCCUACUUUCCCUUGCUACCACCGUCACCAAAUCCUCAAUAUGAGGAUCGAUCUACUUUUGUUCAAUCAUCAAAACAGUUUGCUGAACCCAAAAAGGCCGAUCUGCCAUAUUGGCCAGUAUCCUCCUUGAGUCUCGCUUUGUCGGCCAUCCUCGUGCUCAUACCACCUACUCCUGAUUCGUCUUCAUUAACUGAGGCUGCUGUCCUGUUGAGACGUUCAUAUGCUCAGCUCUUUGCCCAUGCGGCAUUGUCCAGUGUCGAGAGAGAGAUUGACGAGUUAAGCCCAGCAUCAAGCAUCAAUGUGAUCGGCGCUAGUAUCUCCCAAGAACAAAGUCAACUCCACUCACAGGUUCCACUCCCAUUGGAUCCAAUUCUAGCACUGGUUGUUCUUGCAAUGUAUGAGUACUGUCAGCGAGGAAACGUGUCGCGAAUGCGUGCUCGUGUUAAUCAUGCUGUGACCACGGCAAUGGACAUUUCUCUUCAUGACCCUGGUCCGAUCGCGACGGAAUAUUCAGAAGCCCAAAGACGCGCAUGGUGGAUGAUAAUGUUCGUGGCGUACAUAUCGUCUAAUUUGCAUCUGACGCCACCCAUCAUCGCUUCUGAUGAUCCACGAAUUACGACCCCUCUUCCCCAAUUCGGUGUGAAUCCAGAGCCUUGGGGACUUACAGUACGAGUACAAAAGCUUCUAUACGCAGCCCAUUCAAUGGUUCAAAAGAUCGAAAGCGUUGCCGAUUCACCACUGAUAUCUAAUCUCGGAGACGAGAUCAAGAAACUUGAUGCUCAAAUCGUGACUUUGAUGAUUGAAUCGGACCAAAGUCUACGACAGACAUUCGACUUUGAGGGCGAAUCUUACGUCGCUGAGAAUAUGUGGAGAAUGAGCCGAAUCAUGAUCAAUACGUAA